AUGAUCGCGGCCCAGGCCAAGCUGGUCUACCACCUGAAUAAGUACUACAACGAGAAAUGCCAGGCCAGGAAAGCUGCCAUCGCCAAAACCAUCAGGGAAGUCUGCAAAGUGGUAUCUGACGUCCUGAAGGAGGUGGAGGUGCAGGAACCGCGCUUCAUCAGCUCCCUCAACGAGAUGGACAACCGCUAUGAGGGCCUGGAGGUCAUCUCUCCCACUGAGUUCGAGGUGGUACUCUAUCUGAACCAGAUGGGGGUGUUUAACUUCGUGGACGACGGCUCGCUGCCUGGCUGCGCGGUGCUGAAGCUGAGCGAUGGUCGCAAGAGGAGCAUGUCCCUCUGGGUAGAAUUCAUCACUGCCUCUGGCUACCUCUCCGCACGCAAAAUCCGCUCCAGGUUUCAGACGCUGGUGGCUCAGGCGGUGGACAAGUGUAGCUACAGGGAUGUAGUAAAGAUGGUGGCUGACACGAGCGAAGUGAAACUGAGAAUCCGCGAUAGGUAUGUGGUGCAGAUCACCCCGGCCUUUAAAUGCACCGGGAUCUGGCCGCGGAGUGCUGCCCACUGGCCGCUUCCCCACAUCCCCUGGCCUGGACCCAACCGGGUGGCAGAGGUCAAGGCCGAAGGGUUCAAUCUGUUGUCCAAGGAGUGCCACUCCCUGGCCGGCAAGCAGAGCUCGGCGGAGAGCGAUGCUUGGGUGUUGCAGUUUGCAGAGGCCGAGAACAGGCUGCAAAUGGGGGGUUGCAGGAAAAAAUGUCUUUCUAUCCUGAAAACCCUACGCGACCGCCACCUGGAGUUGCCAGGACAGCCCCUCAACAACUACCACAUGAAGACUCUGGUGUCCUACGAGUGUGAGAAACAUCCUCGGGAGUCGGACUGGGAUGAAUCCUGCUUGGGCGACCGGCUGAAUGGAAUUCUGCUGCAGCUCAUCUCAUGCCUGCAGUGCCAGAGGUGUCCCCACUACUUCUUACCAAACUUAGAUCUGUUUCAAGGCAAACCGCACUCAGCUCUGGAAAACGCUGCUAAACAAACGUGGCGACUGGCAAGAGAGAUCCUGACCAACCCCAAAAGUUUGGAAAAACUCUAG